GAAUUGUGUGUUCAUGUUUAUACUUUAAGUCAUAGAAGGGCCCAGGUCACGGUGACAUUUCAGUUCUCCCCAUUUGUACAUGUAUCAUUCGGUUGAAAAGCACUUGUGAACAUUCCCUGAAACUCGAAACGCCCGGACGUCUGUCACUUUGUGUAUAUAUCGUUGGGGCAACAUAUACAUUCAGUCAUUCCAGUUGUAUCUUUAUCCUAUCGACUUGCGCUUUCGUUAAGAUUCAUUUGAACGGCUCUAUCCUCUGUGUCAUCUGAUCUCUUCUUAGCAAACAUCUUGAAGUUCUCUCGAGGUUUCUUCCCUUCGACUCCGCCUGGUAUGUCCUUAAUUAUCUGGCAUGACCAGUUCAGCAGGUCAGUGCCACUUUUGGGCGGAUGCCAGCUCUUCUUUCCUCCCCAAUGCAACAGGCUGUGAAGUUCAACUUCAUCGGACGUUGAACGGUUCCACAGACGGAUAGCGGACAUGGUGGCCUACGAUAAGGUACACGUGACCUUGCACACCAUUGGGGAACACGGAGAUACGAUUGAACGUUUAUUUGAGUCCAUGCACUGCCGGUUUGACAACUUCCUACCUCAGUAAGACCCAGUAACGUUCAAGAUGGCGGACGUUAAGGGCGAUCAACAGUACGAAGAAAUCCGACCACUUUUGGAAGAAAACAGUGCAGAGACGUACGCCUCGAUCAAUGACAACGUCCCUACGUCUGACGACGGGUCCAAAUGCCGUGCUUACAAGCGACGCUGGUAUAUUGUAGGGAUAUUUUCUUUGUUUGCGUCGACGCAGUGUGCCAUUGGCAACACCUGGGGGCCUAUCGCGGACUCGGCUGGGGUGGUGCUGGGCUGGACGGACAGUAACAUUGCUCUCGUUAACAACUGUGGCUGUUUCUCCUACAUUCUGCUGGCCGUCCCGUUCUCAUGGCUACUAGAUGUCAAAGGUCUCCGUACGUCGGUGCUACUGGCGGCAUUUUUCAUGACUUUGGGGACGGGGAUGAGGUGUUUCACACUGGAGGAACCCGUUGCUACAUGGUUGAUAUAUCUGGGCCAGUUUUUUAACGGCUGUGGAGCCCCGGUCAUGAUGGCGGCUCCGCCUCUCAUAUCGGCGACCUGGUUCCCUCCAGAACAGAGGACCACGGCCACGGCCAUUGCUGGUCUCCUUGGUAACGUGGGCUGUGCUCUCAGCUACGUGAUUGGUCCGUUGGCUGUGUACCAGCCGGAAGAAGUGACCAAUCACACGAGGAAUCACAGCAACGCACUAAUACGUUUUUCCAGAGUUUGGUUUGACGGCUGUACUGUUUCUCGCCAUUGUUAUGUACUAACAGAGUUUGGUUUGACGGCCAUGCUGUUCCUCGCCAUUGUCGUGUACUACCCCGCCUGUCCCCCAUCUCCGCCCAGUCUGUCUGCCUCCAUAAGCAGACUCAACUUCGUGUCAGGAGUAAAAGGGUUGGUAACGAACGGUACAUUUUGGCUGGUGUGCCUGUCUUACGGGAUGGUGCAGGGUACGUUCGGGGGGUGGGGCAACAUUCUGGACGUCAACGUGUCUCCGUAUAACGUCACUCAGGUCCAAGCCGGCUGGGUGGGGUUUUAUGGAAAUUUGAUCGGCUGUGCUUCUUCAUUCGUCUUGGCAAGACUGGGAGACUAUUUUGCCGGCCACUUUAAGCUGAUGCUGGUGCUGCUGGCCCUGCUGCAGGCCGGCACCAUGCUGUGGUUCACCUUCAUGGUCAACGUUAGCCUCAUUCCCUUCAACAUGGCCUCGCUGUACACAACCUUCUCCCUGACCCAAGUGUGCCUGAGCGGCUCGGCACCGAUAUUUUACGAGAUGUCCGCUGAGCUCACCUAUCCUGUAGCGGAGGGCAUCACUACCAUGGUGCUGACUCUGGUGUACUACAUCUUCUGUCUACUGGUGCUUUUCCUUCCGAUGAUACCAUUUCUUGGAGUGACGUGGGUGAACUGGACCACCCUCGGUGCGACCUUUGUAGUGAUCCCCAUGUUGUGCUGCUUCAGGGAGAGAUACGGACGUCUGUCCAUCGAUAUGGCGGCCAUUAAGGGGAAGGACAUUAUUACAGACUCUGUUAACCAAAUUGAAUGA